CAUGAAAAAGAAGAAAUGGAAAGACUUGAAAUGGAACGAGUUCAGAAAGAAAAAUGGCAACAACUUGAAGCAAAAGAUCUAGACAGGAAAAAUGAAGAACUUCAGGAACUUUAUUUAUUAGAGGGGUGCUUUUCUGAAGCAGAGAAACUGAAAAGAGAUAAUAGAUUGCUUUCUCAGUGGAAGCACUACAUUCAAUGUGAUGGGAGUCCUGAUCCAUCAAUAUCUCAAGAAAUCAAUACUUUCAUUAGCUUAUGGAAAGAGGAAACAAAUGAGAUUUUUGAGGAAGUAAUUGCAAAGAGUAAACUAGUGCUGCAUUUAAUUGAUAAGUUGAAAUUAAUUUUACUGGAAACUUCACCAUAUAAUUUACAAGAUAAAAAUAUAGCACAGUACCAAGGAUCAAUUCUUGAACUGCAGGAGCUCCUUCACCUAAAGUUUAACACAGCCACUGAACUACUACUUCGACAAGCUAGUACUUUGGCAGAUCUGGACACUGGAAAUAUGGAAAAAGUCAUUCAAGAUGAAAAUAUUACCCUGUAUGUGUGGGCAAACCUCAAGAAGAAUCCAAGGUACAGAAGUGUCAGGUGCACUGAAAUACAAAUUGGAUUUGAUAUUCCAAGGAUAUUAGCAACAAGUGACAUUGCUUUACGACUCCUACAUACUCAUUAUGAUCAUGUCACACCACUGCGCUCUGUUCCAAAAUUAUUUCAAGUGCCUACUUCCACGAUAUCUCACUCUGUCAAAGACAAUAUUAAGAAUGUACAAGCAGCAGUUGGCAAAGAGUUCCAAGAAGAGUACAAACAACUGGAAGAUGAGUGUGACUCAGUCCAGGAGGGAGAAAUAAAAGUUGAAGAACAAGGUGAUAUUGAAGUACAAAUGAGUUCUGUCCAGGAAGAAUCUGGAAACACGAAAUAUGAACUGGAGAUGAAACUAUUAAGUGAAACAGUUUCAGCAGCACACCUGUUGCUGCUGGAGAAUGCUCCUGAAAGGCCGUAUCUCUUUGAAGAAAAUGAGGUUGAUAUAUUCCAGUUCACAACUCUUGGUGGAGUGUAUCACUUGGACAUUUUGGAGCUUCCCCCGCAGAGUAAACCCGUGAAGGGCUGGGUGAUUAUGGAAAUACUCAGAGAAGGAUUACAGAAAUACAUAUAUCCUCCAGCAACUACAGAAGACCUUGAACCUGAAAAUGCUUUCCCACCGAUAGAAGUCAUGCUUGAGGUUCAUGAGAACGUGAUCUUUUUUGAGGACCCUAUGGUUGCAAGAUGGGAUGCUGAAGGUAAUCAUUGGAAAACUGAUGGCAUCAGUAAUGUAUCUUACAAAUCAGGAGAAAGACUUGUAACAUUCAGCCUGGAGACUUUUGGCCCUGUUACUUUGAUUCAAGAUACUCAUAUUAACAUGCCAUACCAGUCAUGGGAACUAAGGCCACUCGAUGUGAAUAAAGUGCUGUUGACUGUGAUUACAGUAUUUACUGAGAUUCAAAUACAAAUUAAGGAAGACCUCUGCAUGUUAGCUUCAAUCAAACUAAAUAACAAAAAGCAUUCCUCUAUUUUGGAAGGAAAAUGGAUGACUCCUAUUUCUUUCAUUAUUGCUUUGAAAGAAGCUGGAUUGAAUAUCUUUCCUACUGGUCAAUCUCAUUUUUAUGUUGCUACAAACUCUAAGGUACCUUUGGUAGAAAUGAAAGCUUAUCGACAAAUGGCCCUGCUAAGUCCUGCUUUUGCAUUUGGUUGGAGCAGGUGGAAUGCACAAUGCGAUUCUAAAAAAAUCGUAUUUAAGGUGAGUGAACAUCUUACUGAACAACAGCCUUUUCAGAAUCCUAAUUGGACCCUUUUAAUGUUUAAUGGUGAUAGAGCACAAAGGCUAAAGAUUGAUGAAUAUAGUGAGGCAUUCUCUGAAGCUCUUAAAGAAGAAACUGAGUUUCAUUCCACUCUCUAUCACAUGGUUAAAGAUUUUGCUUCCAAAGAAGCAAUGGAGAAAAUUAGGAGCUCCAGCUGCCAGUUUAUUGACUCUGUAUGCCAUAUGCUACUCUCGAUUAGAUUACUCAGCUAUUCUUAA